AUGCUGCAGCAGCCCGUCUCGGAGCUGCGCUCAUUCCAGGCCCUCUCCAAGUACUCGGGUCCAAGGGGAGCCUUCGCUAGACGCCAAAGCCUCGCACAGCAGCGCCGGCAAUCGCAGAGUCGACGCAGGACCGAUAGUGAGUCGAUAGAUGGGUCGCCGUCUCGUCUCGAGGCUCAGCCACAGCAGCCGUCGACCAGCUUCCGAUCAGCUGAUUAUCCGACAAGCCCUCACGUGAAACAAGUCGAGUGGGGAGACGAAGAUGUGGUACUGGACAAUGAUCAAUACGAGAUUGAAGCUGAUGAGAUUUCCGAGCUGCCGUAUCCUGGAGCCCUGCAAUCAAGCGAUUCGCUAGCCGACUUUCAACCGCAACGCUUCGUCGAGCCGGCACUUCACUGUCUAAAGCAGGCGAGCGCACCGCGGUCAUGGGCUCUCACAGCUGUGAUGAGCCCGUGGUUCGACCGGAUCACCAUGGCCGUAAUUGUUCUGAAUUGUAUCACGUUGGGAAUGUACCGACCGUGCGAGGACGGGGAUGAUUGCACGACGUAUCGUUGCGUCGCGUUGGACAUCGUCGAUCAGAUCAUUUUCGUUUAUUUCACUCUGGAGAUGGUCAUCAAAAUCGUAGCGCUGGGGUUCUAUGGACAAUCGGCGUAUUUAUCAGACACGUGGAAUCGACUCGAUUUCUUCAUCGUUGUCGCCGGAAUCGCUGAGGUUUUCCUGAAAGAAACCGUCGGAAACAUCAAUUUGACGGCGAUUCGAACGAUUCGUGUUUUACGGCCGUUGCGCGCAGUCAACCGAAUCCCAUCGAUGAGGAUUUUAGUGAAUCUCCUCCUCGACACUCUACCAAUGCUCGGAAAUGUUCUAUUGUUGUGUUUUUUUGUCUUUUUCAUUUUUGGCAUCGUUGGCGUUCAGUUAUGGGCCGGAUUGUUACGAAAUCGAUGCGUCCUCGAUUUACCCAAUGUAAAUAUUUCAUCAGAUGAGCUCACUUUUGCGAAUAUCUCUUUGUCAAGGUACUACAUUCCCGAGGACACGUCGAUGGAGUACAUUUGCUCAAAUCAUGAACACUCGGGUCUGCACACGUGCCAGAAUUUGCCGCCCUACACCCAGAAUGGAAUCCGCUGCAAUCUGAGCCUCGAUCAAUACGAUCAAAUCUCCGAUUUCGCGUGCAUCAACUGGAAUCUGUACUACAGUAAAUGCGAGGUUGAGCACCGGAAUCCGUUCCAAGGGAGUGUCUCCUUUGACAAUAUCGGCUUCGCUUGGGUGGCCAUUUUUCUGGUGAUUUCGCUGGAGGGUUGGACGGAUAUCAUGUACUAUGUGCAAGAUGCGCACUCCUUUUGGAAUUGGAUCUACUUUGUGCUACUCAUUGUGAUAGGUGCCUUUUUCAUGAUCAACUUGUGCCUGGUCGUCAUUGCCACCCAGUUUGCCGAAACGAAACGCCGAGAAACCGAGCGAAUGUUGCAAGAGAGGAAACGAAUGCAGAGUCAAGCCGGAUCGCUUUCUGGCAGCGAGAUGGGCAUCGCCACUUCAUCCGUCGAAGGCGGCGGUGGCGGCGACUCGGUGUACGCAGCGAUCGUUCGUUUCAUUCGGCAAACGUUUCGGAGAGCGAAAAAGUACACGAAAAAGCGUUGGAAAGAUUAUCGAGAAAAGAAAAAGGAAGACGAUGAAGAGAUUCCGGUGGACGAGGUGAAAAGACGAAGAAUGGAAUUCGAAGAGAAACGAACGCUGAGCAAAAUCGAUGAACGGGUUGAGGAGGAGAUGGAGCAAUUGGACUGUGUGACGCCGAUUUUGGUGCGGAAAGCGUCGGAGGACAUGAUCCCCGUGCUGGUGCAAGAUCGGCUCACGAGAGAAAACGGGAAAGUCGCGAUCGGGAAUGGCGACGGAACGGUGAUGCGAUCGAGGAAGAACACGGAGGAGAUCGACACGCAGAGAGAAACCCUCACCGAAACCGAAAGCGAUAGCGAGGAUUGGACGGAUGAUGAGCAGAAUUUGAAACGGGGAAAACAAAAGAAGCAAAAAAAACCGAAAAAAGUCUCUUGGUUUCGUCGGAAAGUUCAAGCUUUCGUUGUCUGUGAUCACUUCACACGGGGAAUUCUCGUCGCCAUCCUUGUCAACACGCUUUCCAUGGGUGUUGAAUAUCAUAAUCAGCCAGAAUGGCUGACGACGGUUCUCGAGUAUUCGAAUUAUUUCUUCACGGGUCUUUUCGCCUUCGAAAUGCUAUUGAAAAUCAUUGCCGACGGCCUUUUCAAAUAUCUUUCUGACGGGUUCAACCUUUUCGAUGGUGGAAUCGUGGCAUUGAGUGUUGUCGAGCUUUUCCAAGAGGGCAAAGGCGGAUUAUCGGUUUUGCGAACGUUUCGCCUGCUGCGUAUCCUCAAAUUGGUUCGUUUCAUGCCGGCACUUCGAUAUCAAUUGAUGGUGAUGCUGAAAACGAUGGACAAUGUCACCGUUUUCUUCGGGCUACUCAUUUUGUUCAUUUUCAUCUUCAGUAUUCUCGGCAUGAACCUGUUCGGGUGUAAAUUCUGCAAGAUCGAGACGCGCAAGGAUCGACCGAUGCCGUGGAAGAAAUGCGAGCGCAAGAAUUUCGACUCACUCCUCUGGGCGCUCAUCACCGUUUUUCAGCAAAUCGCCGCCGGGGAUUGUGAUUGCGAUCGAAUGAAUUUCGACACGUUUCUGUGGGCCGUCGUCACCGUUUUUCAGAUUUUGACCCAAGAAGACUGGAAUAUGGUUUUGUUCAAUGGGAUGUCCCAAACGACUCCCUGGGCUGCGCUGUACUUUGUGGCGCUGAUGACUUUCGGGAAUUAUGUUUUAUUCAAUUUACUCGUCGCCAUUUUGGUCGAGGGUUUCCAGGAGAGCAAAGAAGAAGAAAAGAGGCAAUUGGAAGAAGAGGCUCGAAAAAACGCAAUUCAAGAGGAAGACGAGCGGAAAAGAGAGUUGGAGAUUCUGCUGGCGAGGACAACAUCCUCGCAAUUCCUCGCCGCUCAUCCUCGGGGUUCCAUCGAUUGCACUUGUCCAUCAACUGAUCCCCAACAUUCUCCAUCACAUGAUAUGUUCGGCGGAUUCCAUUCGAAUCGCCUUGGCGUCGGUGAGAUGAACGGUGGAACGGAAAUGGUGCCGAUUGUGGCGAGAACGAGAGUCAUCGGACACGGGCCACCCGAAAGCGAUUCCGAUGAAGAGGAGAUGAAUCUCGAGAAACGGCAGAACAGGAUGAAUCGUCACGGCUCGCUGGCGCUGCCGAGGCUCGUCUCUGGAGCACAGGUUUCUCCCCGGGGCCGCCAACGUCUCCACUCGUGGGGCGGCCUCCACCACGCACUCUUCAAUCCGAAUUGCCCCGUGCACGGAAGAAGGGCACUCGUCGAGGAGUACGCAAGAGAAAAAUUCAUUCAGGCAAGUCAAGAGCUGAAACAAGCGCUGGCUGAAGAAGAAAAGAGAGAAGAAGAGAAGCAGAACUCGACGAUCAGGAAAUUGCUGAAGAAAACCUGCCUCAACACAAGAGCCGAUCACUCAUUGUUUUGCUUGGGGCCGAAGAAUACGAUUAGGAUACGCUGCCUGAAACUGACUCAGAAGAAAUGGUUCGAUUACACGAUUCUGUUCAUGAUCGGCAUCAAUUGUAUCACUCUGGCAAUGGAAAGGCCAUCGAUUCCACCACAAUCGAUUGAGCGGAGAUUCUUGAACGUCUCUGGAUACAUUUUUACGAUCAUCUUCAGUGUCGAGAUGCUUCUGAAGGUUGUCGCAAACGGGUGCUUUUUUGGUCGUGGUGCGUAUUUUAAAGACGGAUGGAAUAUCCUGGACGGGAUUCUCGUCGUCAUCUCGCUCGUCAACAUUCUCUUCGAGUUUAUCGCAAGUGGUGAUUCUCCGAAGAUUUUCGGUGUCAUUCGAGUGCUGAGGUUGUUGAGAGCGCUGAGGCCACUCCGAGUCAUCAACCGGGCGCCCGGCGUCAAGCUAGUUGUGAUGACGCUGAUUUCCUCUCUAAAACCCAUCGGCAACAUCGUGCUCAUUUGCUGCACUUUUUUCAUCAUUUUCGGCAUUCUCGGCGUGCAAUUGUUCAAGGGCAUGAUGCACCACUGUGUGGGCCCCGAGAUCGGCAAUGUGACGACGAAAAUUGAGUGCAAGAGUGAUGCGCGGAAUAAAUGGGUAAACCAUCGAUACAAUUUCGACAAUUUGGGCCAAGCGCUGAUGUCACUUUUCGUCCUUUCAAGCAAAGAUGGCUGGGUGUCGAUCAUGUAUCAGGGAAUCGAUGCGGUCGGCGUUGAUGUGCAGCCAAUCGAGAACUAUAACGAGUGGCGCAUGAUCUAUUUCAUCUCAUUUCUCCUACUCGUCGGUUUCUUCGUCUUGAAUAUGUUCGUCGGAGUGGUUGUCGAGAAUUUUCACAAAUGCAAAGAGGCGCUGGAGCGGGAGAUCAAAGAAAAGGAGCGCGAGAAGAGGAUACAGAGAAAACUGAAACGAGCUCAAUUCGAGGAAUGCAUGGCGAAUCGAAAAAAGAAACCUGAAAAAACGCAUCCUUAUUGGUACAACUAUGGUGGCACUCGUCUAUUUCUGCACGGAAUCGUCACCUCGAAAUAUUUCGAUCUAGCAAUCGCCGCUGUGAUUGGAAUCAACGUCAUCUCGAUGGCCAUGGAAUUCUACAUGAUGCCUCAUGGGUUGAAAUAUGUGCUGAAGGCUCUGAACUACUUCUUUACCGCCGUUUUCACCCUCGAGUCAGCGAUGAAGCUGAUGACGCUCGGCGUGAAGAGAUUUAUGGCUGAAAGAUGGAAUCAGCUCGACAUGCUCAUCGUGAUCCUUUCCAUAGCUGGGAUUAUCUUUGAAGAGUUUGAGGCCCUCGAAUUGCCCAUCAAUCCGACGAUUAUCAGAGUGAUGCGAGUGUUGAGGAUAGCUAGGGUGCUGAAACUUCUCAAGAUGGCAAAGGGUAUCCGCUCACUGCUCGACACAGUCGGAGAGGCGCUUCCACAAGUCGGAAAUCUUGGCUCACUCUUCUUUCUCCUUUUCUUCAUCUUUGCCGCACUUGGGGUCGAACUGUUUGGGAAAUUAGAAUGCUCUGAGGAACACCCAUGCGAUGGCCUUGGCGAGCAUGCGCAUUUCAAGAAUUUCGGCAUGGCUUUUCUGACACUUUUCCGGAUAGCGACUGGAGAUAAUUGGAAUGGGAUCAUGAAAGAUGCUUUGCGAGACGACUGCGACAUCUCGGAGCGCUGCGAGGUGAAUUGCUGCGUUGAUCCAAUUCUAGCUCCCUGCUAUUUCGUGAUCUUUGUCCUCAUCUCACAGUUCGUUUUGGUGAACGUCGUAGUGGCGGUGUUGAUGAAGCAUCUCGAGGAGAGCAACAAGAGGGACGCGGCACCGGACGUGCCGGAUGAAGCCGCCGACCCCGAUGGCCACCAGACGGACACCGAUCGAGAAGAUGAGAUAAAGGAAAAUCCGAAUGCGAUCCCGGUUGCGACCUUGGAUGAAUCGAAGAGCCCCGAGGCGCAACGAUUGGCCUCAUUGAAGCGUUUAGAGCGACAGCUGAUCGAGGCCGAGAAGCGCUUGAUCCAAUGCGGGAAACACGAUUUGGCCAAAGUCGCGAAAAUUGAAUCGAUCCCGAUUCCCGACGGUCCAGUGUUCAUCGAUCCGGAGAAUUUCCCCGAAACGGCCGAUGAUGGAGAAACGGGGAACGCCGAGGGGAACAGCGACUCCUCGAAACAGAUUUUGUUGCAUCAAGCACCGAAGAAGCCCAAACGUCAGCUCAGCCAGAAGAAAGCAAUGCGUUCCACCGAAUUCCUCGAAACCGAGCAUUUGAACGCUUUU